AUGCGGUUUCGGGAAUUUUGUGCGAGCCACGGGAUUCAGCUGAGGUUCAGCUCGGUGGCCCACCCCCAGACGAACGGACUAGCAGAGGUAACCAAUCGAUCCAUCCUGGACGGGCUCAGAAGAAGAGCAUCCGUAGCCCGAUCGGUUUGGGUGGACGAGCUCCCUAGCAUCUUGUGGUCCUUGCAGACCACCCCCAAAACCACAACUGGAGAAUCCCCCUACAGCCUCGCAUUCGGAACCGAGGCCAUCCUACCACCCAAAGUGGUUUUCCCUACACCUCGAACAGAAAAUUACGAGGAAAGGACAACGAUCGAAGGACUUCGAGCCAGUCUCAACAUGCUUGAGGAGCGACAUGCUGAUGUACACUUAAAGGCCCUCUCCUACAAGAGAGCUGUCGCGAGAAUCUAUACCCGAAAGGUGCAUCCCCGACAAUUAAGUUGGGCGAUCUAG